AUGUCCCAUUCUGAACCUGCCUCAAAGAGGCGACGGGUCACAGAGCCGAAUUCCUUACAGAUGUAUCCGCAAGAACUACUAGUCUACAGUCCCGAAUCGGCAGAGACUUUCCACUCUCCUCUGAGCAGCAGUAACAGCAGAUAUUAUCAAGAUGUAUUCUCGCAUAAUCCAGGCUACAUUGCCUCUCAGGAAGAGUUGCGGAGUAUGCUCAUUAUGACUGCUCAGUCUGCUGCGCCGAGUCGGCGAGGGAGUCCCGUGAUUGGCGAGGAAAUUGAGUCAGAAGAGACUCUGCCGCGCCCUGGAAGUGGUGCUAACAAUCGAUGGAAUGCGAGAGCUCUUGUUACUCAGCAGGUUCAGACAACAGAGUGUGCACAUGGGAGCGAGGGACGUCGCCAUUCUCAUCAGAGGGCGACAGAUGUAUCGGUGCUAGGCUCAGCGACAGGGAAAGGGCAGGAACCGGGACAAGGACAAAUAAUGUCCGGAUGGAAUCGCCGGCGAAUCCAGUAUCUAAAGAAUUAUGUGGCAGAAGUUGCUCCUUGGCUAGACAUGUUUGAUGCCCAAGCUACAUUUGGCAUUCAACUCCCCGCUCUCGCACGUAAUUUUCCAGCACUUCUCUACGCCAUCCUCGCUAUUUCUGCUCGCCAACUGGAGAGAAAAGAAGGCAUGCCGGACUCCUUUGAAAGUUUGGAACUUUAUCAGGAGGCAAUUCGUCUACUAAGUCCGCUGCUACAGAAUCGCGAUCCCAAAGUGAUUGGUGCAUGCGUGCUUCUGUGUUGUCUGGAAAUGAUGUCCGCUCGCGCGCAGGAUUGGCGGCGCCAUUUAGAGGGGUGUGCUGCGCUUUUCGAUGCAUUUAACAUCAAUGGGUUUAGUCAAGGGUUGUUACAAGCCAUUUUUUGGUGUUAUGCACGUAUGGAUUUAUGCGGUGCUCUCAUGUCCGACGGUACGCAGAGCACCCUGCUUCAGCCCUCAAAAUGGCUUCCCGCAAACACUCGCGAGGAGGAUGUCAUUCACAUGUUUCAAGAAGCCGAGUCUCCCGACAUGUACGCAAACUAUGCAGUAUACCUUUGCGCAAAAGCAUGCGAACUCGUGUCGCUUCGCACCAAGUUUCUUGAACUGGGAGAGGAUAAUGGUUGCACUGGAGAUAUAUACCAUCAACGCUGGCUCAAGCUAUGGGAAGAGCUUCAAAACUGGCUAGCUCGCCGACCCCGAGAGAUAAUGCCGGUGCAGACUGUUAAUUCUAAGCCGUUUCCACAUAUUCUCUUUGUUCACUGGGCAGCCAUCUCUUCCAAUCAGCUCUACCAUACAGCGUGUGUGCUUAUGCUGAACAUGAUGCCGAAAGGGGCCAAGCUCCAAGGAAAUCCAGAAAUUACUACUUCAUUAUGGCAUGCACGACGCAUUUGUGGCAUCUCUGUGACGAAUCCUCACGCUGGUUGUUUGAACAAUGCUAUUCAGCCAUUAUGGAUAGCUGGAAGGCUAUUCAGUCAUCAGUCCGAGCAUGCGCAGAUCAUUAGUCUCAUCCGCAAUAUCGAAGCUGCUACAGGAUGGGGCGCCUGCUGGAGGAUUCGAGACUUGGAGAUUGCCUGGGGUUAUAAGGCACAUCGAAUGGAUCGUCCCGAGAGACAAAACCAAGAGUCGCUUACAGAUAAUUGA